AUGAGUGACUUGCAGGAUCGUGAGCCAAGUAUUAUCAUUAAUGGGAACCUGGAACCCGAGCAGGAAGAGAUUUAUGAAGAAGAUCAAGUUAUGGAAGAGCAAUUGGGUCAACUAGAGGAUGAAAAGCCAAAGAAAAAAGUCACCUUCGGUGGAUUAGAUGAGGCUGAUGAUGAAGAGACAAGAAAAAGAGAAUUUGAAGAGGGCGGUGGGUUGCCAGAACAACCAGAAAACCCAGAUUUCACGCAGUUGAACCCAUGUUCACCAGAGAUUAUCAAUAGACAAGCCACUAUAAAUAUUGGUACAAUUGGUCAUGUUGCACACGGUAAAUCUACUGUUGUAAGAGCCAUUUCUGGUGUGCAAACUGUCCGUUUCAAGGAUGAGUUGGAACGUAACAUUACCAUCAAGUUGGGUUAUGCCAAUGCUAAGAUUUACAAAUGUCAAGAACCCUCGUGUCCUGAACCAGACUGUUAUAGAUCUUUCAAAUCUGAUAAGGAGAUUAACCCUAAGUGUCAGAGACCUGGUUGUCCCGGUCGUUAUAAAUUAGUGCGUCAUGUGUCAUUUGUGGAUUGUCCCGGUCACGAUAUUCUAAUGAGUACCAUGUUGUCAGGUGCAGCAGUUAUGGAUGCGGCUUUACUACUGAUUGCAGGUAAUGAAUCCUGUCCGCAACCACAAACCUCUGAACAUUUGGCAGCUAUCGAGAUUAUGAAGUUGAAAAAUGUUAUCAUUCUACAAAACAAAGUCGAUUUGAUGCGUGAAGAGAGUGCAUUGGAACAUGAGAAAUCGAUCUUGAAGUUCAUUAGAGGUACAAUUGCCGAUGGUGCUCCAAUUGUUCCAAUUUCUGCUCAACUGAAAUAUAACAUUGAUGCCGUUAACGAAUUUAUUGUCAAGACCAUUCCAGUGCCACCAAGGGACUUUAUGAUCUCUCCCCGUCUGAUCGUCAUUCGUUCCUUCGAUGUGAACAAACCAGGUGCUGAGAUUGAAGAUUUGAAGGGUGGUGUUGCUGGUGGUUCUAUUCUAAACGGUGUUUUCAAACUAGGUGACGAAAUUGAAAUUAGACCAGGUAUUGUGACUAAGGAUGAACGAGGUAAGAUUCAAUGUAAGCCAAUUUUUUCCAACAUUGUAUCUCUAUUUGCUGAACAAAACGAUUUGAAGUUCGCCGUUCCUGGUGGUCUUAUCGGUGUUGGUACUAAGGUUGACCCAACGCUAUGUAGAGCCGAUCGUUUGGUCGGUCAAGUAGUUGGUGCAAAGGGUCAUCUACCAAAUAUCUACACAGACAUUGAAAUAAACUAUUUCUUGCUGCGUCGUCUGCUAGGUGUCAAGACUGACGGCCAAAAGCAAGCCAAGGUCAGAAAGUUGGAGCCAAAUGAAGUUCUUAUGGUAAAUAUUGGUUCCACAGCCACCGGUGCUCGUGUGGUUGCUGUCAAGGCUGAUAUGGCAAGAUUGCAACUAACAUCCCCUGCAUGUACAGAAGUUAACGAAAAGAUCGCAUUGUCAAGACGUAUCGAAAAGCACUGGCGUUUAAUUGGUUGGGCUACUAUCAAGAGAGGUACCACAUUAGAACCAAUCUUUUAA